AUGCUUCCGAUGAGCACCGAUCCUAUGCAGUUCACAGGCAUUCCUCAGCCACAGAUUCCUGGCGUUUAUCCGUUCGUGAAUCCCUAUGGCCAAUACAUGCCGGACAUGAGCCUACAGUAAGCAAAAGUAUUUAUUCCAUUCCAAUUUGUUUAUUUUCAGACCGGAUUUCUUCCAAAUGUACAGUCAAAUGAUGCAAUUGCCACAGGGAGUUCUGCCCGUGCCGCCGGUAAAUCUAUCAGAUGUGAAGCCAGAACAGUCGUCGCAGAUGUCUCCUUCGAAUAGAUCGGAGAGCACCGACUCCGGAAACCAUACUCUCUCUCCAACACAUCCGACGUUGCAGCAGCCUCAGAACGUUGUCGGGUACGUUCAGAGUUCACAGACUUACGCAAUAUUUGAAUGAGAGGCGGCCUCACUUGAUGGUCCGAUGCGCGCAAUUGGUGUCUCCGCCGGUCACAACCACAGUCUCGGGUCAGAUUGGGUAGAGAGAGAGAGAGAGAGAGAGAGAGAGGGUGGGUGGGGUAUGUGACGUGGCAAGGGAAGGGGUCAACAAAGAGACAGAUGGAUUGGUGCUCACAUGGCAGAUGUAGGAUUAGCAGAGAGAGAGUUUGAUAAGAAGAUGGAUAGAUUUCCUUCAGUGCACAUGCAUAAUUUCUCUUUUUAGACCUUCCAGUGCUGCAGUCUCUCCGCAGUUCCCCGCCCCUGAUUCAACGACAACUCCACUUCAUGAGAUGCAGAAGAUGGCGGAACAGCAAGUGAUUCAGGCUUCUGCUCAACACCAGAAUGCAAAUCCGCCGUACGCCAUCAACAGUCUUCUUUCUCGUGAGAAACAAGAAGAAGACGAAAAGGAGAACGCAAAAAGUCGUCGCAACACUCUUGCGACGUCCACAGUUAGGAAGCCUCGCCAGACUCCGUACGAGAGGCAGAACCAGCAUGUUGCCGCUCCUGUUCCACCGAACUUCACAACUGCGUACUCGCCGAUGAUGAUGAACAACUUCGCCGCUUUCAUGGAUCCAUUCUACCGCAAAGAUCAUUGCUACGUUUGUGCGGACACGGCCUCGGGCCAUCAUUACGGAGUGCUGAGUUGCGAAGGAUGCAAAGGAUUCUUCAGGAGAACGGUGACCAGGAACAUUGUUUAUAACUGCUCCAAAGGCAACAUUUGCACGGUAAGUUCUUGAAACGAGCCUGACAUUGUUAAAUUUCUUCCUUUCAGUUCUCAUUCGCAAACUGCGCCGCGAAUCGAGGCUCUCGGACGAGCUGUCCGGCGUGCCGUUUCAAAAGAUGUCUCGAGGUCGGAAUGAAAAGAGAACAGGUGCGCGCGGUCACUGAUAAAACAUCCAAGAAGCGAUCGAUCAGUCCGUUGCCGGAAGCGAUGCCCGAAGAAAUCGUUGCACUUGUGGAGUCUUUCACCGCUAAUCUGGACUCUUCCCAACCACUCGGCUCCCUCACACACGCCUUCGAGUCGACGAAAAAGUUUAUCACAGGAGUUCCGGCCCUGAAAAUGCUCUUUCCGGAAGAAGAGGGACAGUUCAAUGUGGCAGUUCAGGAUGUGAUAGCCGGACUCUUGACGCUCAGAGUAUCAUUCACUCUCGACGGUGUGCCGUUCUUCCGCGCCGAAAAUCCUUCUCUCCCGUCGAAAAUUGAGAGCCUUAGAGCCGGAAUUCGAAGUACUGUUCUGCAAAACGAAGGAGUGGCUCUCCUCUCUGGAUUAUACAUUCUACAAGUAACCAAUGGGACCAUCGGAGAGGUACGUUCCCGGGUUACUCUCAUUACCGUAUUACACAACGCAAACAAACAUCGCGUCUGAUCCGUCAACAACCGUCUCCUUACAGAUAUUCGGAGCCUACUGCCGUGGUCUUCGUCUUCACCUCUCCCGUUCCCAACUCCAAGAGGAAGAUGCCUACGAUCGGUUGAUCUCAACUCUCGGACAGCUCCGUCAAUGA